AUGUCCAACAACGAAAAUAAAGACAGCAAAGAUAUAUUGGAAGGCAAAUCACAAGAUGAAGUUUUUGUUAAUAUCGGUGGCAAAGAGGUUCCAUUGUCCAAAUUGACCAAACCACAUGCAGUGGUACAUCCUCAACCGGGUCAAUUUCCUAAAGUUGAAAAGGAAGCUCAACAAAAGGAGGAUGCAAAGGCAUUUGAUCAAGCUGUGUUGGAUCCUGGUAAGCAGAAACAGCAAUUUGAUGCUGCUUCGUUCCCUGAUGUUGAACCAGAAGCGAAGAAGAGAGAAGCCGAGUUAGAGGAGGCUCGUGCAAAGAAGAAUGAAUGA